AUGGAGCCGUCCAUAUUGACGCUGAGCAGGCGUUCGAUAUUGCGAUUACUUCCCACGUCGUCUCGCCGCACCGUUGGCCAUGGUUUAGCCCUCGGUUUCAGAAGCCGCAAACGCUUUUCCGAACCAUUAUCAUCAUCGCGCACUUUCGCAAGUUCAUCUCAUCCUACAAGGACAAGAAGGAAAUUUCACAGCAAUCGAGUACAUAACAAUACUACGAGUAGCACCGAGAUACAUCAAGCAUAUCCGCUUUCAGGUUACUACUCCGACCUUCUAUCCUUCCACUAUCCGCAGCAUCGAUCACCGGCUGCUACUGCUACUACUGCUGCCCAGAGCGCAAAGGAGAAUAAGGGCAAAGCACUCACGAAAGAAGAAAAGAUGUCCAUCGUAUUCGGCACCCGACUCGCUGGCCCCGGUUAUCAGUCAACGUCAAGGUACAAUCCGGAGACAAUGCCUCCCGAAUCAACCUGGAAAACAGUAAAUGGUGUCCCGAUUCCCCCGCGGCCCACGGAACCAGAUAAUUGCUGCAUGAGUGGCUGUGUUCAUUGCGUUUGGGACGACUUUCGAGAUGAUCUUGAAAAUUGGGCGUCGAGGGUUAAUGAAGCGCAGGCUAAAGCCACAAAUACAAAUACGUCAAUGCGGUCUUCUGAUAUGCGACAGAGGCCUAGGAAUGAGGUUGCCAGUGCCAGUCUUAGCAUGGACGAUGAUGGUGGGGGCAGUGAGACUAAUUGGGAGAUGCCAUCUACAGAAGGAGGGGAGGAUCUGUUUGCUGGGAUCCCGGUUGGUAUUAGAGAGUUUAUGAAGACCGAGAAGAAGUUGCGAGAAAAGAAGAAGCAGCAGCAGCAAUAA